AUGGAGCUUGAUGACCAAGAAACAAAAGAUGAAGAAAAACUUGUCAAGAAAGAUGAAGGAAAACUGUGCUUCCACGCUCUGUAUCUGUGGGCAGAAGACCAGCUGGUGCUAAUCAACGAGAUUGACCCAAAAGACUACACCUUCUCCGGACUUAAAGGUGAAACCGUGGGCCGCCUGCCUGGGAAGGUGGCAGGGCAGCAGUUUGUCAUUCAGGACUGCGAGAACUGCAGCAUCUACAUAUUUGACCAUUCUGCUACGAUCACCAUUGACGACUGCACGAGCUGCCAGAUCUUUCUAGGCCCGAUCAAAGGCAGCGUUUUCUUCCGUGACUGCAAGGACUGUAAGUGCGUCGUGGCCUGCCAGCAGUUUCGCAGCCGGGACUGCCGGCGCCUGGACGUGUUCCUGUGCUGCGCCACGCAGCCCAUCAUCGAGUCCUCGGCGGGCAUGAAGUUCGGCUGCUUCCAGUACUACUACCCUGAGCUCGCGCUGCAGUUCAAGGAUGCUGGACUGAGCAUCUUCAAUAACACGUGGAGCAACAUCCACGACUUCACGCCGCUGGCGGGGGAAAAUAACUGGGGGCUUUUGCCCGAGAACGCGCUGGUUCAGGACUAUGUUCCGCUGCCGAGCACGGAGGAGCUGAAAGCUGUAAGAGUUUCUACGGAUGCCGCAAAGAGCAUCAUACCGGUUACGCGAGGGCGGAGGCAGAGGAGCAGCGAUGAGUCGUGUUUGGCAGUGUUUUUUGCUGGUGACUACACGACUGCAAAUGCCAGGAAGUUAAUUGAUGAGAUGACUGGCAAAGGCUUUCAGUUGGUACAGACCAAAGAAGUCUUAAUGAAAGCAGAGGAUGCUCAGAGAGUGUUCCAGCAGUGUGCCUCAGAAUUCAUCCCACUGCUUGAAAAAGGCAAGUUGAU